GAAACGUAUAAAUAGGGGCAGAGAGCAGAGUAAUGAACUGCAACAGUCUCUGGCUCUCUCGCUACAUAUCUCUCAGGGAUUUCCACAUUAAGCAAUUCCUCAAGGUUUGAUUCAUCUCUCGAUCGUCGUCCUCCGACUUUUACGUCUUCUCGUUCCCAUCUUCUUUUUGGAAUUGAAGUGAUUUUUGGGAUUAAGGGUUCCUUCCUGAUCAAGUGAUUUUUGGAAUUGAAGAACCCAGGAAUUGGUUUUGGUUAAUUGGAUCCCAGAAUUGGUUUCUGUUAUAAUGGUGUUCAAGAUCAUAUCUGUAGCUUUUCUUUUCAAUUAUUAUUUCCAGAUCAUUGCAGGUUUAGGCCUUCCGAUUCAUGUGCAAGACCCUCCUUUUAGGGUUCUUUAUUUGUAUCGAGGAUUUUCGUUAAAGAGACCUUUGGGAAUUGAACGUUUUGAUUGGUGUUCAAGAUUCAAUUAUUUGAUUGCAGCGCUCUGGUUUGACUGUCUGAUUUGUGAUUGAAUCCGCUGUGUUUGAUCUCUACUUCUUUUUAGGGUUAAGUUACGGUUCCAUUAAGUUGUUAAAGAGCCAUUUGGAACUGAAGGAUUAUAUAAUUUCAGAUUUUGAGACCCUUGAUUCAUUGAUUGGUGUUUAUUUUAAUGGAAGCUUUUGGAAGGGUUUUCCCCUUGAAUCAGAGGAUGAUUUAUUCGCCUUUAUUUUAUGUUACAUAUAGCGAUGGAUGUCAAAAGGGUUCAAUACAGAACUCCAAUAACAGGAGGAGGACGAGGACGAGGAUAUGGGAAGAAAGGUGCUGUUUGCAAGUAUUGGCUUCAAGGGAGGUGCAACAGAAACCCCUGUAAGUUUGUGCAUGGGGAAGUGCCAAAGUCUAUCAACUAUAUGUAUCAACGGACUAUGCAUGCCCAUCAUCAAACAUCAAAGCAGCCGUCUCAUGGAGGCAGGCCUAAUUCUAAGAGGUCAUCUGUCGGAACUACAAAUAAAGGAGAUGGAACCCUGACCAAGAACCCUGACCAUGAACCUAAGCAAUCAUCCUCCUUAACAAGUCAAGAAGAUGGAACAGAGGAAAAUGGAACUGCAAAGCAUUCUCAUGGAAAUUCUGAUCCUGAGCAUCAAGAUUCGUCUUUCCUAACAAGUAGAGGAGACGCAAUUUCCCAGAAAGAUACCCAGCAAAGUUUGAUACUGGACACCUGCAAUGAUGGAGAUAAGUGCCAAUGUUUGAAUUCAUGGUUCAUGGGAGAAGGGGUUUCAAUGUUAGCCCAGCUUGAAGGGCAUAAGAAGGCUGUUACUGGGAUUGCACUUCCAUUAGGCUCAGACAAGCUUUACACUGGAAGUGGAGAUGGAGUUGCUCGGGUUUGGGACUGCCAUACUGGUCAGUUUGUUGAUGGGCUCGAUCUUGGUAGUGAAAUUGGAUGUUUAAUUAGCGAUGACUCAUGGAUAUUUGUUGGAAUGAGGAACCUUGUCAAGGCCUGGAACAUUCAGACUGCAACUGAAUACAGUCUCGAUGGACCAGUUGGGCAAGUUUAUGCCUUGGAGACGACGGGUAUAGAUAUGCUUUUUGCUGGCAUGCAGGAUGGGGGCAUAUUGGUAUGGAAAUACAAUCCUGAAACCAACUCAUUUCAACUCAUUACAAACUUGAAAGGUCACACUUGUGAUGUGAUUUCACUAAAAGUGGGACGGCAGUCUCUGUAUUCUGGGUCAAAGGACAAUACAAUACGAAAGUGGGACCUUGACACAUUGCAGUGUGCUCAGACACUAACCGGCCAUAGUGCAGCCGUAAUGUCUCUUCUUUGCUGGGAAAAUUGUUUAUUGUCUUGUUCAUUGGACCAAACAAUUAAGGCUUGGGCUUAUACUAAAGAUGGUUGCUUGGAAGUUAUCCAUACGCAUAAUGAAGAACAUGGUGUCCUUGCACUGUUUGGAAUGCAUGAUGCAGACAAUAAACCAAUAUUGUUUUGCUCUUGCAAUGAUAAUUCUGUCCACUUAUAUGAAUUACCAGGCUUUACUGAGAGGGGCAAGAUAUUUGCAAAACAAGGAGUUCGGGCGAUUGAGUCAGGUCCGGGGGGUCUUUUCUUCACUGGUGAUGGAGCUGGAGGGGUUGCUUUGUGGAAAUGGCUUCACAAGCAGAUUGCAGAGGCUGACUGCACAGAAUAGUCAAGCCGUAUACAGUCAAUUAGAGUUUGUAGCAAUGCAAUGAUUAAGUGGAGUUACAUUUAUUAUUACAAUUGUAGGAAUCAAACAAAUUGUAAUCAUCAUUCAUUCAAUGAAAAAACAUUUUUGUUAUUGGUGGUUACCA